CCUCCAAGCAGAAAAAUGGAGAAAACACAUUUAUUUUGCAAGACAGAAGAAAACACUGAUGUAUCACUUCAUGGCUCUGAUUCUUUUACAACUAACUUGUCAUCAAGAAAUAUUGAAAGCAAGAAAUACAGCAAAAUUUGUAAAACAACAGGGAAGAAAAAUUCAUCUGAAUCUAAGGGUUUUGUCCCAGACUAUAAAAGAAUAUAUGAAACAUCAUUAUUCCUGUAUAGAGAAGAAAAAUCCACUGAGUUUUCAGGAUCAAAGAAAAUCAAGAAAAAGCAAAGUUUACAAGUACAGUUUCAUAGUAAAAGAACUGAGAUCGCCUCUCCGUCUCUGAAGGUGGCAAAGGAGAAGACGAUUGGGAAAGAAAGCACUUUGUACAAGUUGCCAUGCCAGUUUGGUAGCCACAAGACUUCACUAUACCCUCGUUUAUCUUCCUCAACUCCUCGGAGGAAGGAGACAACUUCUAACCUCUACCUGACAUUAUAUGAACAAGUACAUGAAGGAUACUCAAAAUACCAAGAAUUAAGUGCACUUCCUAAAGCUUGCGUAAUUUUUAGUAAAGUUCACCAGGGUAAGAUCUAUGUGAAUGAUUUGCCAAUGAUCCUCCACAUCCUGAAGAUUCCUAUGAAUGACUCCGAAAUGCGACAGGUGCUGAAGGCCACUGACAUUGAUGUUAAUGGAAUGCUGGACUUCACAGAUUUCCUGAAGGCCAGGAAUAGUGCUUCUCAUUUGACCUCUCAAGAUCCAGAAUUUCAAGAUAUCUUGAAGACUUUUUCUAAGAUGAAGGGUGGUCAUGUGGCCAUUGAUGAAGUGACUGCUUUUUUGGAUGGCAUGGGUAUUCCAGUAAACCCCGAGAUGCUCAAGGAUGUGAUAAGUCACACUUACGUGGACAACAACCACACGGUGGAUAUUGGGGACAUUAUAUUUGCUUUGGAUGAUCUGCAGCAACAGUAUGAAGAUGUCUCAAUUAUGGAUGAAGCCACUUCAAGUAAAAGAUUAUCAAAUAUACCAGGACAUCAUCUACAACCCAGGAAGAAAGGGAGUUCAAUUUCCAUAUUGUCUGAACCUAUCACAUCAAAAAAGCUGAAUGUACCUCCCCUUCAGCAUCAUAGUAAAAGUGUGGAGAAACACGACAAACCCGAAGUUAAACGAUCAAAAACUUCCUUACAAAUAAGAAGACUCUCAAGUGGGGUUGACAGUGAUCAAGUGGGAUUUCAGAAACCAUACCCAAAGAUUCAAGAUUCAAAGUCUAAACCACCUAUCCCGAGAAGUACCACAAGCCUCGAUAAGUUAAAGAUUCAAGAUCCAAAGUCUAAACCACCUAUCCCGAGGAGUACUACAAGCCUCGAUAAGUUGCUGGAUAAAAGCGAUACUUCUACCAUCUCAAAACUUGAGGGGCUAGCUGUGAAAGAGCAGCCCAGCACCCUAAAACCAAUUGCAUCUAAGGAAAAAGCUGCCAUUAGUGCCUUAGAAAGUAUCCAUGCAGCUGUCAAUAAGCUCCAGAGACAAUGUAUUUCUCCAGAGGAGCUUCAGUCCAUUUUACCUGUGAUAGGGAUUGCCUUAUCAGAAAAAGACUUCCAGAAGAUUGUGCCAGAAAUCAUUAAUAACGAAAGUGGAUUGGUGAAUUUAGAUGACUUUAUCAUGGCAGUCUCCGAGGAGCACAAUUUAUCCGAAUAUAAUGCAUUGAAUGAUGCCAUUGAAGGUGCUAGUAAAAUUCAAAAUGAAAAUGUUGCUUAUGAGGAUCUAGACACCUGUCUUCAAAAUUUUGGAAUUUAUAUUCCUAAGCCAGAACUAAAGAAGAUCAAAGAAUUAAAUGAAGUUGAUGAAACAAAACCAGUGAAUUUUAAAGAGUUUAUUAAUACCAUGAUGAGCAACAGUGAAUACUUCUCUCAAAAAUUAUUGUUGCCGGAUGCUAUUGAGACACUCCACGAUCUCAGCAAGGACCAGAUGGAUGUUCCUCACUUGUGGGACAUGCUGUCUAGUAUGGAUAGUCAUCUAAAAAAAGAUGAAUUCUUAGAUGUUGUGAAAUUAGCAACAGUUGAUGGUGACAAAGUACAACUUGAUGAAUUUUCAAAAGCAGUGAAGGACAUGCGGGACACCGUCAGGCUAAAAGCAUUGAAAGAGGCCAUUGAUACGCUGGACUCCAUGAAAGGAAGUUAUUGGUCUGAUAAAGUCAGCUCUCUGGAGGGACUGGAAAAUGCCAAGGGGUUUAUAAAGGAAGUUCUGUCUUCACACCUGAAAUUACCAACAGUAAUUGAGAUCCAAGAAGCUGCUGACAGCUUGUCACAUGUUGAUAAUGGCAAGAUCUCCAUAUCUGACUUGAAGAGUGCCUUGAAAUCUCUGCAUACUAAUCUAAGUGAAGAAGACUUCAGAGACACUCUUGAGCAAUGUGACAUUGGUGAUAACAUGGAGGUGAACUUAAAAGAUUUCUUAAAGGAAAUGAAAAAUGCUCCAAGCUUUAAGGAUUCCAUAGUCACACAGAUGCUCCUAGCCACUCCCCAAGUUCUCCAGAAGGAUCUAAUUGACGCCUCUGGCUUCAAGAAGUUAUUGGUGGAUGACAAUCUUCCUUCCGCUAAGGCCAUACUGACGGAAGUGUUAAAAAAUGUGCCUGAGCAUGAAGAAGGCAAAGUUACUGUUCAAGACUUUAUGAUCAAGUUUGGGGAUACCUUUACAACUCUAAAGUCUGAACGAGAGAAAGAGCAGCUUUUCAAUGCUGACGUCGACAGAAAUAAUCCUAAUGCCAUUUCUGACAUUAAGCAGAAUUUAAAGGCUCUAGGAAUCGACCUAACGGACAGUGAAGCCCAGAAGGCGCUGGAUAACACGACCCCUUCCAGUGAGGUGGUGCAGGUGAAGGGUAUCAUCAGAGGACUGGCCAACACUGAUAUAUUUAAUGAAUGCCAGAGAAUAGAGGACACAUGCAACAUUGUCAAUAAAAUCACUGAUGAAAAAAUUGAAGUUAAAGAUCUUUUAUCUGUCUUAAAGAGCUUUGAGAAACCUUCACAGGAGAAAGAUGAGCCUGGGGAAUUUCCAAUUUCUGAAAUGGAUGAAAAAGAAGUGAUCUUAAAAGAAACAGUUACUUCUUUCAUUGACUCAUCUAGUCCAGCAACACCAUUCAACAAUUUAUUGAAAGAGAUUACAUCUUUUGAUAAUAUCAGAAAAAAUAAGAUGCCUGCGAACGAACUGGUCUCCAAUAUCACGAGUACUGGAAUUCCAAUAAGCCACAAUACGAUGCAGGAGAUCCUGAAACAGGCCUCUGUCAAUGAAAAUGAUGAAGUGAGUCUCAAGCAAAUUUUGGAGAAUUUAAGUACACAUAAACCAGAUCCUGUAUUGGAAGAUAUACAAAGACCCCUUAAUACUGUCAAGUUGAUGAGCUCUGACAAGAUUCAAAUUGCCAACUUGAAGGAUGUUCUUAGUGACCUCAAUAUUCCUUUAAAACCCGAGGAACAGCAGAUGUUAGAGGAAACGCUCGAUGCUGAUGAAAAUGGAGAAGUUUCCCAAAGGACUACUCUUUUAGCACUGAAAAGCAAUAAGCGUUUACAGGAUUUUAGAGAGGUUGAUGAAAUUGCAAAGACCCUGGACAGAGUCACCAGUGAAAAAAUUAGUGUUGAUGAUAUGAAGCAUAUUUCCAAAGUCCUGGGACUUCAUGUUCCAGACGAAGAAUUACAGAAGCUGGAUUCAGACAUUUCUGUUGAUAAAGAGGGGAGUGCGGAUUUAAAAGAUUGGCUGAUGAACUUGAAAGAAACGCCGCAGUUUGCCAAAAGUUCAAAAAUGCAAGGUUCCUUGAAAACUCUGACCUCCAUUAGGAGAAAUGAGGCAAGUUCUGAUGAUCUAGUCUCCAUUUUGAAAAACGUGGGGGUUGCAUUAUCUCAAGAUGUGAUUGAGGAAGCACUGAAGAGUGUGGGGCCCAGGGAGGAUGGAACAUUUAAUUUAGAAAAGCUUCUGAGCCAUUUGAAGUCACAGCUCUCAUCUGCCUCUGAAAGAGAAAAGGCUGAUGUCACUGCUAUAGACGAGGCUUUGAGAAACACGGACACAGCACUCACCGACGAGGAGGAGAAGAUUCUGUUUGAACACCUGCCGGCUCUUGAUGAUGGAGAAGUGGAUAUGGAAACAUUGAUCAGGGCCAUGAAGAUGCUCAGAGAAAAAAAUGAUAUUGUUAAUCUGUCCAACUUCCUGCACAAUCUGGGCAUUCAGCUUUCAGAUGAUGAACAUGAUGACCUAGUCAACCAUCUCCCUGCCAGUGGUGAGCAUUUCAACUGUUUUGAUGCCUUUCAAGUCUGA